CUCUGCAUCUUUCACUCUAUGUUCCGCCGCUGAAUCUUCUCAUAUCUUUUCUUCUUUGCACGCACGCUCGUGCUCCUCAUUCCGAUCCAAAAAAAAAAAAAAAUUAUAAAAAGCAAAAGAAAAAGUAAACAAAAAAUCAUCUUAAUUUUUUAUUUUUAUAGAAUUCAGUGUUUUUGGUUUCGGAUUCGGUUCAAACUCUUUUUCAGAGAUCCCGAACUGAACGCAGUUUCAAGAUCGUAAGGUAGCUGUUGAAAAUGGCGUCAGCAGCGGCUGGACCGGGUUGGUUCAGGGGAAGGGUGAAAGCAGUUCCUUCGGGGGACUGUUUGGUCAUUGUGGCCUUGUCAAGCUCUAAGCCUGGUCGCCUUCCUGAGAAGACUCUCACUUUAUCAUCUCUCAUUGCUCCUAGACUGGCACGUAGAGGUGGUGUGGAUGAGCCGUUUGCCUGGGAAAGUAGAGAGUUUCUGAGGAAGCUCUGCAUUGGGAAGGAGGUGAUCUUCAAAGUUGAUUACACUGUGCCUUCCAUAGGCAGAGAGUUUGGAAGUGUUAUGCUUGGUGACAAGAAUGUUUCACUGCUGGUUGUUUCUCAAGGAUGGGCAAAGGUCAGAGAGCAGGGGCAACAGAAAGGAGAGGCGAGUCCCUACCUCGCAGAGCUGUUACAGUUGGAAGAACAAGCUAAACAAGAAGGUCUUGGUCGUUGGAGCAAGGUUCCUGGCGCUGCUGAGGCAUCCAUCAGAAAUCUUCCACCUUCCGCCCUUGGAGGGGAUGAUAGUAAGUUCAAUGCUAUGGCUUUGUUAGAUGCUAAAAAGGGAGUACCUAUGGAAGCAAUUGUUGAGCAGGUUCGUGAUGGGAGUACCCUCAGGAUAUAUUUGCUCCCAGAAUUUCAGUUUGUACAAGUUUUUGUUGCUGGAAUUCAGGCCCCACAAAUGGGAAGGAGAGCUCCAUCUGAAAGUGUUGUUGAAUCAGAGUUGACAACUGAUGACACUAAUGGUAAUGGAGAUGCUGCAGGGGAAACUCGAGCCCCACUUACCUCUGCCCAAAGGCUUGCAGCUUCUGCAUCCAUUGAAACCUCUGCUGAUCCUUUUGCACAUGAAGCUAAAUUUUUCACUGAGAUGCGGGUGUUGAAUCGAGAUGUUCGCAUUGUCCUGGAAGGUGUUGAUAAGUACAAAAAUUUGAUUGGGUCAGUGUAUUAUUCUGAUGGUGAUGCAGCAAAGGACCUGGCAUUGGAGCUUGUGGAAAAUGGUUAUGCCAAAUAUGUUGAGUGGAGUGCUAAUAUGAUGGAAGAGGAGGCAAAGCGAAAGUUGAAGAAUGCAGAGCUCCAGGCAAAGAAGAGCAGGUUAAGGUGUUGGACUAACUACGUUCCUCCCGUUACAAAUUCAAAGGCAAUUCAUGACCAGAACUUUACUGGAAAGGUGGUGGAGGUUGUGAGUGGAGACUGCAUCAUUGUUGCUGAUGAUUCCAUUCCAUAUGGUAGUCCUCUAGCUGAAAGGAGAGUUAACCUUUCAAGUAUUAGGUGUCCAAAAAUGGGCAAUCCUCGUCGGGAUGAAAAGCCAGCUGCCUAUGCCCGCGAAGCAAAGGAGUUCUUGAGAACACGUCUCAUUGGAAAACAAGUGAAUGUUCAAAUGGAGUAUUCUAGAAAGAUUGCUCCCACAGAUGGAUCUGCACCGUCGGGAGGUGCUGAUAACAGGGUGAUGGAUUUCGGAUCAGUCUUCCUGUUGUCCAAUGCAAAGCCUGGUGGUGAUGAUGCCCCUUCAUCUGCUCCACCUACUGCAAGUCAGCAAACGGGGGUGAAUGUUGCUGAGUUGGUAGUUGCACGUGGCUUCGGAACUGUCAUUAGACAUCGCGAUUUUGAAGAAAGAUCGAAUUACUAUGAUGUUCUUCUUGCUGCUGAAGCACGGGCCACUUCUGCAAAGAAAGGGAUCCAUUCUAACAAAGAUUCUCCAGUGAUGCAUAUAACUGAUUUGACCACGUCGUCAUCCAAGAAAGCCAGAGACUUCUUGCCUUUCCUACACAAAAGUAGAAAAAUUCCUGCUGUUGUGGAAUAUGUACUCAGUGGACACCGAUUCAAAUUGUUGAUUCCAAAAGAAACUUGUAGUAUUGCGUUUUCAUUCUCUGGUGUCAGAUGUCCUGGACGUGGUGAGCCAUAUUCAGAAGAGGCAAUUGCCUUAAUGAGGCGGAAGAUAAUGCAGAGAGAUGUUGAGAUUGAGGUCGAAACUGUUGAUAGAACUGGAACAUUCUUGGGGUCUUUAUGGGAGUCCAGGACCAAUGUGGCUUUGACGCUGCUUGAAGCUGGACUAGCAAAACUUCAAACUUCAUUUGGAGGUGACAGAAUUCCUGAUUUUCACCUUCUGGAGCAAGCUGAACAAUCUGCUAAGAACAAAAAGCUGAAAAUCUGGGAGAAUUAUGUUGAAGGGGAAGAAGUAUCUAAUGGUGCGACACCUGUUGAAAACAAACAACAGGAAGUGCUUAAGGUUAUUGUCACAGAAGUCUUGGGGGGUGGUAAAUUCUAUGUACAAACUGUUGGAGAUCAAAAGAUAGCAUCCAUUCAGCAGCCGCUUGCAUCUUUGAACCUUAAGGAUGCUCCAGUGGUCGGUGCUUUCAAUCCCAAGAAGGGUGACAUAGUCCUUUGUCAUUUUCUUGCCGAUGACUCUUGGUAUCGGGCAAUGGUUGUCAAUACACCUCGGGGACCAGUUGAAUCUCCAAAGGACAAAUUUGAGGUGUUUUACAUUGAUUAUGGUAACCAAGAAGAAGUAACAUUCAGUCAGUUACGACCUCUUGAUCCAUCUGUUUCUUCUGCACCCGGUCUUGCUCAAUUGUGCAGCCUUGCAUACAUUAAGGUUCCAAACUUGGAAGAGGAUUUUGGCCAAGAAGCAGCCGAAUAUUUGAGCGAACUCACUUUGAGCAGUGGAAAAGAGUUCAGAGCCAAGGUUGAAGACAAAGAUAUUUCUGGUGGAAAAACUAAAGGUCAGGGUACCGGAUCAGUCCUCGCAGUUACACUCGUUGCCGUGGACGCCGAGAUCAGUGUUAAUGCUGCUAUGCUAGAGCAAGGACUUGGUAGGAUAGAGAAAAGAAGCAGGUGGGACAAAAAAGAUAGGCAGCUAGCCCUUGAUAAUUUGGAGCAGUUCCAGAGUGAAGCGAAGACUAGCCGUCACGGAAUUUGGCAGUAUGGAGACAUUCAAUCUGACGACGAAGACUCCGCUCCUCCUCCAAGAAAGGCCGGCGGCCGGAGAUAAGUGUAACAGAAGGUAAAUUAUAAUAUAGACAUCUUCAGAGAGAAUGUGGUAAGUGUUAUCAUAGGCAUGAACAUUGAGUUUUGAGGUAGAGAGGAGAAUGAAUAUGCCAUGCGGCAAUACUCUGUAAGUUUUGUUUUGAUUUUUGUUUUUUAAUUUUAUUUUUAGAUAAAAGGAUAUUCGUUUUCCAUAGAUGGCAUAAUAAGGUGCAUACAGGAUUCUAAAGUUAUGAGGACAGUAAGAGACGUUUCCAUCAUAGCCGAAAAUUUCAUUUCA